AUGCCCUCUUACUUCUACCACCUUAGUCUCGAAGUCCUACCUAGCUCAAAAUCCUCUGAAACCUCACCGCUGGCCCUGGAAUCCGCAUGGGAAGCUUUCCUACCAUUCCAGAAGCGAUCCGGGCCGUCGAGCUCCAGCCCACUAUCGGGCGCAACAAGCGAUUCACUAAGCAGCAAUCAAUCCUCGAUUAAAGACCUCACACUUGAAAGAAGACCAAAACAACCGCACCCAUUCGGCCCCUCUACAAUCUCCUCUAAUCCUACCCGAACCACAAAAGACAUCCAAAACGACAUCCGCUCCGGCGCCAUCGUCAUCGAGUGCAUCGACAUGGUGGCGCCAGAAGAUGGCCCCGCGAAACGCGCCUCCAAGCGCGGUAGCCUCCCCACCGCCGACGAUAACCUUGUCACAGCAGGUAUUGGGACCGACAUCCUAGGCGGUUUGCGCACCAAGGGUCGAUACAUACCACUCGACCAGAAAGUUGCUGAUAGCGUCUUCGGUAUCGUCCACCUAUACCGCGAUGCGCAAGAAACUCCUUACCUCGCCGGUAAUGAUGAUGACUAUCCGACCUACCUCAAGGGCUCCGCCGCUGCUGCGCGACAUCCUGGUGAACAGCAGGCUGGUUUACAGUCGUCGAUGAGUGGAGCCAGCUCGGGGCAGGUUCGCGGUCGGGGUAUGGAAGCUUCCUAUCCAUUCCCUGUCACAGCUUCGGCGUCGGUUGAGGAAGAGGACUGCACCACGUUGUGCAUUCUAGCGGUUCCGUCGUAUUUGUCGCCAUCGGACUUCCUGGGGUUCGUGGGUGAGAAAACGAGGGACUCCGUUAGCCAUUUCCGGAUGAUUAGGACGUCAAGGGCGAAUCGGUAUAUGGUUUUGCUCAAGUUCCGCAGUGGGAGGAAAGCGAAGGAGUGGCAGAAGGAGUGGAAUGGGAAGGUUUUCAACAGCAUGGAGCCUGAGACAUGUCACGUUGUUUUUGUCAAGUCGGUUGAGAUCCAGGUCGUCGAGCCCGGCUCACCAUCUGCCUUUUCUCCUAACGAAUCAUCUGCUGGGCAAUCAAAGCUUACUGGUAAACCCUUAGCGCCACCAACACCGGCGCUGAUUGAGCUGCCCACAUGCCCUGUCUGUCUCGAGCGAAUGGACGAGACGACUGGCCUCUUAACAAUCAUUUGCCAGCAUGUCUUUCAUUGCACGUGUCUCCAGAAAUGGAAAGGCAGCGGCUGUCCUGUGUGCCGCUAUACGCAAGACGACUUCCGCAAAAGCGGGAUGGCAACCGACAGCGAUCAAGAACCAGCUGAGUGCUCGGUUUGUCGCACUGAAGAUAAUCUCUGGGCUUGUCUGAUCUGCGGUACCGUCGGCUGUGGCCGAUAUGAUGGCGCACACGCAUUUGACCACUGGAAAGAAACCGCGCACGCCUUUUCCAUUGACUUGAACUCUCAGCGUGUAUGGGACUAUGUCGGUGACGCCUACGUGCACCGCAUCAUCCAGAGCAAAUCCGACGGCAAGCUAGUUGAGCUUCCGGCGGCAGACCACAGCGCACUCGAUCCACCCGACUGGGGCGAUGCUGUGCCACGUGAGAAGCUCGAGAAUAUGAGCGUCGAGUACACACAUCUACUCACUAGCCAACUCGAAAGCCAGCGCGCGUACUUUGAAGAAGUUGUCGAGCGUGCAGCUGACAAGGCGUCACAGGCUAGUGCAGCAGCCGCAGCAGCCGAAGAAGCAGCGAGGGCGACAUCCGCUCGUCUCAUCGAGAUGCAGACAAAAUUUGAAACUUUUUCUUCGGAGACGAUACCCAGUCUUGAGCGCGAUCGCGCUCGGCUAGAGAAGCGCGCCGAUAAAUUUGAGAGCAUGGCCCGUGCUAUGGAAAAGGAUUAUCGGGAAGAAAAGACCAUGAACCAGAGUCUUAUGGAACGACUUGAACUUCUUACCAGUGAGAACGGCACACUUAGGACUGAGAAGACGGAUCUCGAAGAGCAGAAUCGGGAUCUUACUUUCUUUAUUAGUGGGAGUCAGCGCCUGCAGGGGCAGAGUGAUGAGAUUGUACAAGGCACUGUUAGUGUUCCUGAGCCUGAAGUCAAGAAGAAGAAGAAUAAGGGAAAGGGGAGGAAGUAG